AAUAACCAGAAAAGUCCACAUUAAAACACAAGUUAAAUUAAAUUAGAAAAAUUAUUUUAAAAUAUUUUUAAACAAUGCCCGCCCACGUGGACUUGACCCUGGAGGAGAUGACCAGGAUUGCCCUGGGUGUUCCCGAAUUAACCCAUGUAAAUGUGGCUGUUUUACAUAGCCUUCUGAAUGUGCUGCUCAAGAAGCUCGACUGCCAGCAGGAUGUGGUGCGCAUCAGCGGCUUCGAGGGCAAGUGCAUGGAACGCAUCCUCGAGCAGUCCAAGAUCUCGCCCCUGCCCUUCGAUGUGGAGGCAGUGAAGCCCAUUUCCGAGCAACUGGACAAGGUGCAGGAGCUGGAGCAGCGCAUCAAGCAGCUGGAGUGCCAGUUGGAGUGCCACUUCCAGCAGAUUCGCAUCUGCAACCGGGCCAAGGACAAGAAGUACAAGAGCCACCAGGCCGAACAGUAUGCCUCGCCGUGCGAGGAUCUCUGCACCGUUUGCGACGAGGACAACAAGGUGGCCUGCAGUCUGCUGGCCAACAUGGACUUCAUGAAGAAGCUGAUGCGCCGCAUAGCCACCCCGAUUUUGAGUCAAAUGGAGGAGGUUAGCCAGAAGCUGGAGAGGUUCUACAUCACCCUACAGUCGUUCCUCAAGCAAACCGAGGCUCUGUUUAAGCGCCUGGAAAUAGUCAAGCAGUGUGUGGUGGAGAUCGAGAAUCUGAGAUCUUUGGUUCAGGAAUACAAUCUUACUUUUUUGGGCACCAUGGAGGAGCUGCAGGACAUGCUGGACAGCAAAUUGGAUAAGGUGCACAUGCCGGCUCUGAAGAAAUACAUUCGCGAUCGCUUCGAUGAUAUCGAUCGGCGUUUGAGAUUGAUCGAGGAGAAGGAUGCCUGUCCCAGAGCAGCUGGUUUUAUCAACAAUGGACUAUGCUGCCUAUCCUGUAAUAAUCCCAAUGUGGGUGUCGAAGUUGGUCCCCACAUAAUGGGUGUUUUCCCCGAUGCCCCCGUGAGGAAUAUGCCACUUUUGCCCACCGGUCCACCUGUGAAUUGCCAGAAGACUGUGGUCUGUAGUUCGGUGGAAAAGGAGCCCACUCUAAUGGUGCGGGUCAACAAUCUGGAUCUGAAUGUCCUCGCCCAUCGAUUGAAUCGUCCUGCCUCUGGUAAAGUCUGCAAACUGCCCGAAGCCAAUGAUGCCAUCUACGGAGUUCGUGGUUCUUGUGUUUCCGGUUAG